GGACCAGCUCACUCAGUCAGAAGACCUCAGAGCCAACAGCUAUGAAGGCUACCCUGGUUCUGGUGUGUCUUGUGGCUGCUGCUUCGGCAAGGCCCCAGUUCGGAUUUUCAGGAUUCGGCAGCCCCUUUGGAGGAGCUAACGGCAACUCCGGAGCCAACAGCGUCCAGGGGCAGAACCAGGGGCCGUUCGGCAACAGCCAGGUGCAGCAAAGCAGCGCCUUUGCCAAUGGCAACGCAUUCAACGGUGGCGCUUCUUUUAACAGCGCCAACAGCAACGUCGGCCAGAGCUUUGGACUGUUCGGCCCUCAGCAGUUCAGCAGCAACAAUGCCUUCAGCAAUCAGUUCGGAGGCUAAGUCCGCACUGGUCCAUCAGUGAAUCAGAAUUCAUAAUUCAGCAACAUCAUAAAACGUCUUUUACUGAGUGAAUUUCUCGUUGUUGUUCAUAAUGAAAAGCCUGAUACAAUAUGUGCUGCUCCGACUCUUCUACAAUAACGUACUGGAGUGUUUGCUUAACCCGCGCCCGGCUGGGGGUCCUGGAUUUCCACGCCCUGCUGGGGGGGGUGGGGGGGUGUGUUUGAACACCCCCCCUUCUAACUCGACUCCUGGGCCACGUAGCGAUACGCGGAAGGUGUCGUUCGAAAGAGCGUCAAAAAUAAUGAGGAAAUCACUUCGGUCAAUUUUUUUGGUCAGGUCAAAGGUCAGGUCACCAGAGGUCAUUGAAUGCAAAAUUUCGCCGAAUUCCAGGUCGAAUGUCGACAAUUUCCAAGAAGCCAACGCAUAACUCGGGAACCAAUAGAGCUACAGCGCCGCAGAAAAGCGCAUUCGAUAGCCCUAUUAACGCCCUUUCUGAGUAAUUCUCUCAGAUUUGACCUAACGUCAACGGUUUUGCCUGCAGGGGGCAAAAACUGCAAAAAUAACCGAUUUUUUUGGAAACAGUUUUUCUGCAAUAACUUUUGAUCCAAGCCUUGUACGAGCUUACUUUUACCGGCAUCGUGUUCCUCUCGUCAAGACGCAUCGAUUGAACUAUAACUUGACCUUGAAAGGCCAACUUGAAAAUUUGACCUCAGGUCAAGGUCAUGACCUGACCGGAAAGGGUCAUGUUGCAUAUCAGUCGAUCCGUAUCGUCGAGCUGAACACAUCUAAGACGUUUUCAUCGCUCUAGCAUGCCUCUAUCAAAAGUUAUUUGCGAAAAACUGUUAGAUAUCAUUCGUGACCUAAGAUGACCUCAGGGCAUAAACAGGGGUCACGGACACCAUUUUCAUGUUCAGUGUGUCUAAACCACUUGUAAUUCAGUGUUUGAGAGUGUUUAUAAUGUCUUUCGUCCAAAAGAGGCGCAUUUCAAUUUUCUCCCAUUGACUUAUUAAUGGGGAGGUCGCAAAAUUGACGUGACCUUAGGUCAUCGAUAUCAAAAUUCUGAGAUAUGCAUUUUGUACAUGCUAUUGCUCUAAGCAAUCGCUGAAAGUUUCAAAGCGAUCGGUCACUCGGUGUAGCUAUGACAGACAUUGAAACUUUUUAUGAGGUGAGGUCACUUCAAGUGACCUGGUGACCUGACCUUGAAUGACCUUGGUCUGAAAUUUUUACAACAUGUGUAGAAUUGAUGUAUGAUAAGGUGUACCAAAAACGGCGGCGCUCCGCCACGCCGUUUUUGAGAUAUUCGCGAAAAACCACAAGGGGGGUGUUCAAACACCCCCCCCCCAGGGCGCGGGUUAAAGAAACAUGUUGUUUUUCUUUGCUGGAUUUCAGCUGUCUUGCGUUCCUGGCGGUCAACAUUGUCCGUGUGUUUCAUCACAGUCAUACCUAUCAUCCUUCAAAGCGUCCGCUCUGUUACUUGACUGAGAAUCAUGUUUGUUUAUUGUCUUGGGCGUGUGAAGUGAAUAUAACUAAGUUUGGAAAGGUCAAAACUCACUGUUUUGCAAUGGAGAGACAUUUCAUGAUCAAU